AGGUAUGGCGUGCAAGAACUAAUCAGAUGCAAGCAUUGCUAGUCAGUCAUUUUUUUAGGAAAGCAAUCAGCUUUGAGAGUGACUCGUCAAUCAUUUUUUGCAAGUCUGAAGGUCAAAAAAAAAAAAAAAAAAAAAAACACACCACACAGCGGCGGCUUUUCUUACAGGAGAGCGAGAGCGCGCUCGCGUGUGCGCGAGGGGGGCAGGCAGAGCGGAGCAGACACAGACCAAGCACUAAAAUGGCCGACCAGCCCCGGAGAGCUCCGCAGCGGUUUAAAAAUACAUAGCCAGCCUGCGCCGGACCCCCCCAGAGCCGGGGAUUUAUUCGCAGCGCGUCUUCUGCACACUGUACGGGGGGUUUGGGGACGGGGGUAGGCUUUUUUAUUUUAUUUUUUAUAUUUUUUAUUUUUGGGGGGAGGGGGCGUGAAAACAAUUUCUCCCCUCUCUCUCUCUCGCUCCUUUCUGUCUGUCUCUCUCCUUUUUUGUGUUGCCUUCGAAUGCCUCAUCUUGCUGGACUUUCGCACUGAAGCACUUUAUCAAUAUUAUUCCUGAGCGAAAAACAGCCUGAACAAGAACAGUAGUUCAUGGAAGACAAGAAAAGGAAGAAAGAAGAAAGAAAGAAAAAAGACGCUGGUCAGAAGGUCACAGAACAAAAAACCAAAGUGCCCGAGGUGACAAAGGCAAACCCCUCCCAGCCACCGGCCGCCAGCCUCAUUGGCAGCAGCCCUGCGCCGCCCGCCAACGGUGGCAACAAUGCCAAGAGGGUGGCGCUGCCGAACGGACAGCCGCCUAGUGCCCCUGCCCAGCGCUACAUGCCCAGGGAGGUGCCUCCGCGAUUUCGCUGCCAGCAGGAUCACAAGGUGCUGUUGAAACGGGGCCAGCCCCCUCCCCCGUCCUGCAUGCUGCUCGGGAGUGGGGGGCCGGCCCCCCUCAGCCACCCACAGACUUCCUCUACAACCAACCCGGGGGACAAUGGAAGUCCCACAGAUUCUAAUUUGGGGGCUGCUUCCUCCUCUUCUGCUGCUGCUUCAAAUUAUGCAAAUUCCACGUGGGGGCCAGCGGCUGCCUCCACUCAGUGCUGGGACAAAGUGAUCGUAGACGGGUCAGACUUGGAGGAGUGGCCUAGCAUUGCUGGGAAAGAGUUGGAAGGAGGCAGUGGGACAGUGCCAUCACCGGCAGAGAGCAGCAGUAGUGGCGAGUGCAGCAUCGGUAACAACCCCAGUGCCUCAGGAGCUCCCACACAGCCGUCGUCGGGACUGCAACAAGGGGCAGCAAAUUCCAGUUCUGUGAUGCAGAGCAAUGAAUGUACGCAAGGAAGCGGUAAUGGGGGGGCCUGGAGCCUGAUUACUGCUGGUGUGAAUGGAGGAGGAGUGGCAGCCAAGUCCAAACCCACACAAUCUUCCAGUCCUUCAGCAGCAGAUGGGACUGCUGGUGGAAAUAGUGGCACAAGCAGUUGGAAAGGCACUGGCAGUACCAACUUUAAUCCAAAUAGCAACCCAUCAGCCUGGCCUGCGCUAGUUCAGGAUGGAUGCUCAAGUGGAGGGUCAGUGCGAAAGGUUGGAGGUGAAUUGGAAGAUGGAGCCUGCAUUAGCAGCAGUGGCCAGUCUGAGGCAAGGGCUGCUUCAGAAUCCCCUCCUGCAGCAACAUCAUGUUUGAAUCCCACCACAACCACCUCAGUUACCACACCUGCCCCAUCUUCGAGCAUCAACUCGGCAAGCCAUCUUCACCACCAGAACCCGUCCACACCGAGGGAGCAGCAGGAGACUGAAGAGUUGAUAGGCUGGGCAGCAAGCCAGGAGCCAGCUGCUGGACCAAAAAAAGGUGGCAACAAUGGAGGCCCACCUCCACCUUCUUCCUCUUCCCGUAGUGAUGAAGGUGGUAAAGGGGAGGUCAGUACAGCACUGGAGGACUCCUCUUGGAGAUCCCAUCAGCCAGCCCUUCAGAAUAAAGGAGGGGGCACAUCAAGGACUGAUCCAUGGGACAAUUGGGGGAGCAGCAGUGGUGGCACUUCAUGGGGCUAUGGAAAUCAGGACAAUGGUGGUAAUGGGGGAGGGAAAGGGGGUAAAGCCUGGGGCAAUGGAGGAGGGGAGGGGACAAAGACUGUGGCAGUUGCAGCAGCAGUAACUCAGGGAGUAUGGGGCAGCACAGCAUUGGGAGAGGACCUCUCAGUGGGGGAGUGGGGAGCAGGUGGGGUCCCUGCGAGCAGCAGUUUGCCCCUUACUAAUAGUAAUACCAAUCCAAGCACUACUGGAGCAUGGGACAAUCAAAAGGGACUGCAAAUGGAAGGUGGCGGCCAAGGGAGUAACAACGCCUCCGGCUGGGGUCGCUCAUCUAGCUCUGCUGGGAGUGAGACUGGGGGUCAGGGCAGCACUGGAAGCAACUCCCGGUCAGGGGGAGGAGGUGGAGGUGGUAAUGGAGGUCAUAAUUCCUCUUCAGGGGGCCGCAGUCGGGGGCACCACCAAAGGCCUAUACAACAUGACCCGGAAGCGGCCUUACAAAGCAUGCUAAGCAGGACUGAUUUGGAUCCCCGAGUGCUGUCCAACUCGGGCUGGGGCCAAACCCAAAUCAGGCAGAAUGUGGCAUGGGAUUUAGAUGAAAGUAGGGGGGGAGUUGCAAACCCUGUGAACAGCACAGCUGCUGGAGAAAACCGCAAAGUGGAGAACAAUAAUAGAGGGACCGAAGGGUGGGAGAGUAGUCACAGCACCCUAACUGCUAAUCCUGCCAAUCUUGGCACUGUUUCAGCCAAUCCUGCUGCAGCAAACAGUGGUCAUGCUGCCACCACCACCACAUGCUCAUCGGUCGCCAACAGUGCAGCCAUUCAAGCCAAGAACUCAGGGGGUAAUGGAGGAGGCUGGGGGGGAGAGCCUCUUCCCCCAGGCCAAAGCAGCGGGCAGCCCAAGACUUCUGGCUGGGGUGAUGCAGAAUGGAGGGAGCGAAGUGUGGGUGGUGGGCCAGGAAUGAGCAGCUGCCAGGGUGGCUGGGGGGACUAUAACAAGCCAUCUCCUACAGGAACUUCAAGCUGGGGUCCUCCUGGCCAUUCUGGUCCUGGGCGAGGUAAUUCUGAAGACAAGAAUGUACCAGCAUCCCCACCAAGUUCAUCAUUCAGCUGGAAGGAAGGCAGUAAAGAAGGGGGCUGGGGAAGGCAAGGGGGUAGCAGCAACAGUGGCACCCCCAGUUGGACAAUAGCAAAUAAAAAUGACAAUGGCUGGGGAGAACCAGAACCUGUGGUUAACAAACCAGGAUGGAGGACUGGAGGAGAGGGAAAGGCUGGCCUCCCUUUGAGUGUAGCAGCUGGAGAGAUGGGUAGCUGGGGUGGAGGUGUCAGUGGUGGGCCUGGGCCUGGGCCUGGGCCUGGUGCAACCUCAGGUCCCAGCUGCUGGGAUGAACCUACAGGGAGAGGAGGGUGGGGGGAAUCAGGAGGGAAGCAGGGUGGAUGCAGUAACUGGGGCAAACAGCCACUAUCACAGACGUCUUCGCAGCACCAGGAUUCGGCAAUCCAGGGGUCGUGGGGUCAACCACCCGGAGGACGUUCACUCCCGCCUCCACAGUCUUGGACUUCUGGACCUCUCCCCCCACCAGGUCAUAUUGAUGAUGAGCCAAGUGGUUGGGAAGAGCCAUCUCCCCAGUCCAUCAGUCGGAAAAUGGACAUUGAUGAUGGAACAUCAGCCUGGGGGGACCCAAGCAGCUACAACUACAAGAAUGUCAACCUGUGGGACAAGAACAGUGCAUCUUUAGCAGCCCAGCCACCACCGUCUCAGCAGCCGCCACCACCAGUGGCAUCAUCCAUGCAGCAACAAGCUUCACAGCCAAGUGGAGCUGGCCAGCCACCUCCUCGGGAUGUUAUUGCAGGUCCCUCAUCAGUUGGAAAGACUCCUGGCUCAGUAUGGAACAGCUCUUCUCCCUCUGGCCCUCCAGUUGACAAUGGCACAGCUGCCUGGGGAAAACCUACGGACACCAGCUCCACCUGGGGAGAUCCAGAAGAUACUGGGAAAGCAGCAAGUGGCUGGGGAAACCCUUCUCCAAACCCUGCCAACCCCGUUAAACCUGGUUCGAAAUCUAUGCAAGAGAGCUGGGGUGAGAGCGAAAGUUCAGUGACAGCAACCCGUCAUCCCAGCUGGGAAGAGGAUGAAGAUGGCGGUGUAUGGAACAGCGCAGGUUCUCAAGGCAGCAAUUCCUCUUACAAUUCAUCUGGCUGGGGCCAGGGAGGAAACAAAAAGGCCAAUCCUAAGGGAUCUUUAAAAGGAGGAGGUGGUAGUGAACCAUGGAUGAACUCUUUAUCCAAACAGUUCUCAAAUAUGGGACUACUGCAGACCCAAGCUGAUGAUCCCACUGGCAAUAAGAUGGAUGUAUCAGUUGGCCCACUGCAGGAUAAGAAACUGGACACAGAUAAGCGAGGGAUGAACUUGGGCGACUACAAUGGAGAGCCAAGGAAGGGCAGACAGGUCUUCCGCCAGCCCAAUCCCAAAGACAUAGGACCGGUUGACCCCGGAACUUACUAUGAUAAGCUGACCUUGCCUUUCUCCAAUCAGGAUGGGUGCCUUGGGGAAGACAGCCCCUGCUCCCCUUUUUCCCCUCCCCCCAGCUUCAAGCACUCCCCAUCGGGGGGCUCAGGACUUGGGUUCAACCCCCAGCACUACAGCUCUGCAGUUCGACAAGGUGGCAAUCAUGGGAUGUUUGGUAGCGGAAUGACACAAUCACGAGGUGUGCAUCCAGCAACGGUGCCCACAAUGAAUUCCCCUGGUCUACGAAACCAAGUGCCUACACAGUUUCUGUCCCCUCAGGUCUCUGCCUCCAUGUUGAAACAGCUUCCCCCAAACAGUGGCCUGAACCCUGGGCUUUUCAAUGUGGCCCCACAGCUUUCACCUUUGUCUCAGUUGUCACCUCAACAAUUAGCCAUGCUCAGCCAGCUUCCCCAGAUUCACCAGUUCCAGUUGGCCUACCAGCUGCUUCUCCAGCAGCAACAGCAGCAGCAGCAACAGCAGCAGCAACAGCAGCAGCAGCUCCUUCAGAACCAGAGAAAAUUCCCCCAAAGUGUGAGACAACAGCCAGACCCUCAACAGUUGGCAAGAAUGAUGAAUGUCCUCCAGCAGCAACAGCGUCAACAGCAGCAGCAACAGCCUAGUGGGGUUUUGAAGCACUCGCCCUCUCAUCUGUCUAAGCAACACCAAGACAAUCUGGUGCACUCAGGGCUGGGUGGAGGGAUAUCAGACUUGCACGCCAAAGGACAGAUACCUGGGUAUGGUUCCAAUGUCAAUAUUGGAAGUUUAGACUUUCCUUCCAUGGUGGGAGGUGGGAACAAGGAUGCAGGAUCCCAACAGUCUCGUUUUAAGCAGUGGACAUCUAUGAUGGAUGGCUUAUCUCCAGCUGCAUCCCUCCAUAACCCACCUCUGCACAAGAAUGGGGCUGUGGUACCACCAGUGAAGGUACGGGUAGAUUCUCCAUUCUCCCAGUACGAGAUGAGUUCUGAUUCCCUUAGUGGCCAUGGAGUCUCUUCAGGUGACAGCUGGUUACCACCUAGAUCUUCUGCCAACAAGAUGGGAAGCAAAAGCAGCAAUCCAAGCUGGCCACCAGAGUUUCAACCUGGGGUCCCUUGGAAAGGAAUCCAGAGCAUUGAUCCGGAAUCUGACCCUUACAUGACACCCGGGAGUGUCUUGGGUGGUACAGGAGGGUCCCCCGUCGUUGAUACUGACCACCAGCUUCUACGUGACAAUGCAGGGUCUAACCCCUCUCUCAACACCCCACUGCCUUCACCCGGUGCCUGGCCUUACAGCAGUGCCUCCGACAGCUCCUUCACAAAUGUGCACAACCCUUCAGCAAAGUACAAUGAGUACAAGUCUAGCUGGCCACCUGAUCCUAUUGGCCACAACAAGCUUUGGAAGGCUUCACGCAACACUACACCGCUGCCUCGCCCUCCCCCUGGAUUGACCAACCAGAAGCCGUCAUCUGUGUCUCCAUGGCCUUCAGGUGCCCCUCGAGUGAACAGAGGGUGGGGAGGUGUGGGACAGGAUAGUAGAUAUGUCGGAGGCUCAGCUGCCUGGAGUGACAGUGGGGUACGGGGGAGCUGCUGGUUGGUGCUUAGUAACCUCACUCCGCAGAUUGAUGGCUCUACCUUGAGGACAAUCUGCAUGCAGCAUGGCCCCCUACUGACAUUCCACCUGAACUUGACACAGGGCAGUGCUCUGAUUCGCUACAGCAGCAAGCAGGAGGCCAUCAAGGCUCAGACAGCAUUGCAUGGGUGUGUGCUGGGCAACACUACCAUUCUAGCAGAGUUUGUGAGCGAGGAGGAGGUCAGUCGCUAUUUUGCACAUUCCCAGUCUGGAGUAGCGGGAGGGGCUCAGACCACCGUGGCAGCUUCGGUGGCCCCAGGGUCAGGCAGUGGAAUUAACAGUGGCGGAGGAAGCAAUGUACCAUCAACGGUAGGAAGCGGAGCAGGAGGAGGAGGUGGUGGCAGCAGUGGAUGGCAAAGCCUGGAUACUGGUUCCAGCCCAGGAGAUCCCACUGGAAGUGGAGCUGGUGCCAACCUAAAUCUCUUCAGUCAGUGGAGCAGUGCAGCAGGCAGUAGCAGCGUGGGAGCCACUGGGAGCCUCAUGGACGUGCCUCGCCAGUCUCUUUGGGGGGGCAGUUCAGGAUACCCCUCCAGUUUAUGGGGUGCCCCAAGCAUUGAGGACAGCCACCAGAUCAGCAGCCCAUCUCCACUCCUUCCAGGGGAUCUUUUGGGAGGAGGCUCUGACUCAAUUUAAAAAUACGAACAGCAAUUUUUUUUUCUUUUUUUGGGGGAGGAGAGGAGGAAAAAAAACUUUCAACUCUGACCUCGUUCAAACCAUUUUUUUUGUGUAUGUGUGAGUGAGUGUGUGUGUGUGUGUGUGUGUGUGUUCUGGAACAACAGCACUAAUAACUUGAUAUUUUAAGUUUUUUUUGGGGGGUUAAUGUAUUUUUUUUUCUUUUCAACUUGCAAUAAAGAAAUGUUUUAAAGGGGGGCUUAAGCCAAAAUUAGAGAGGUUUGUGAGGGGCAGGGAUGGGGAAUGGGGAGGUGAAGUUUUUUGGCAUUGUAAGCACAUAGAUGCACCCAUAUUGAAAACAAAAACAAUUAUGUACCAUCAGCAUUUUUGGGCCUCAUUUUUAAUACAUUUGACCAGGGGAAUAAAUACCAAAUUAAUGCGAAAGAAUAAAUUUAACAUAUCAAGUUCUAAGUAUACUUGAACCAAGAUCUCAACCAGUGAGAAGCGUUACAUUACCCUCCCACAUCUCCCUUAAGAGAAGAAAAUGAAUGUUCUUUUCUGCUAAGUGCAUACAUGCAUGUUUCUUCGGGUGGUGGUGUGUGUGGGGGGGUGAUGGUGUGUGUGCUACAGUUUUGAUGAUGUGCUGUAUACUGAGAAAAAAAGACCUCUAAUAUAUGUGUAAAAAAAAUUCAAUAUAGAUGUCUAUCAAUUUAAUAUUCUUUGCACUGGGUGGGUUCAGCUUUCUGUGGUCUAUACAGAAUUGGCAGGAUUUCACUUUUUUCUUUUUCCUUUUAACAAAGUGUUUGAAAACUUUUUGGAUUAUGAAAAAUAGGGAGGAAAUAAAACUGCAAUUUGAGGAAGUGCUGGGUGUGGAGGUUAUAGUAGAGGGAGGUAACAGAGAGCAAGGUCUCAUGCAAAGAAGUAGAAAAAAUUUUGUUAGGCUAAUGUCAAAUCAGAUUCCUUUGCUUAGGUGCAAAUGCCACAAAAAGGAUCCCUUUUGGAUAUUGUGUGCAAGGGUUGUGUGUUUUUUUUUUUUCUUUUUUUUUCUCUCUCCUGGUAGCUUUAUUAAUAUUGAUUUAUAUCAGCCUCCAAUAUUUCACUAGUUUUGUUUGUUUCAGAUACAGUGUUAGUGUCGUUUUUAUUUUUUCCUCUCUUGUGUCCAUUGUCAUAUUUUUAAAGCAUCUGGCUGCUUCUUUGGCUCACUCCGUCAGUCCUAAGUCUCUGCAAACCCCAUCAUUCAAACCCAUACCUCACAGAGCUGACCAUGGCCAUUUCUUUUCAGUGAAAAUAGGCUCACUUGAAUCUGACUGCUACAAUUGUCAGAAACUUGUCCCUUUUGGUGUGUUCCCUUUUUAAAAAGACUUGAAUGUGAUAUUUAAUAACCCUUCAUAUAUUGAGUUUUUCCAUGAAUGUCACUUUGAUGGAUUCAGAAAACUAGGAAACAUCAGUACUUUCCUGAAGGUUUACAUUUUGGAGUUUGGCAGUAUAUUAAUUGAGGAUUACCUGGGAUGCCACUUUUUACCUUUUUUUUGUGCUAGGUUUUACCUUUUGCUCAUAACAGUGCAAAAUGUCUCUCCCAUCCUUCCCCAUCUUCUUUUUCCACUGUCUAGUUUGAGGUAUACACACAGCUAGCUGUGCAUUACCUUUGAUGGUGUGUCUGCAGUAUUAUCAGGACAGAAAGCCAGUAAUUUUUGAUCUUUUUUUUUUUUGUUCCCAGCAAAAUCCAGAUGUUUACAAAAGUGGAAUUUAGUGGGGGGGAGGGUGACAGGGAGGUCAGCAAGCAAGACAAGACUAAAUAUUUAAUCUUUUGGGCUAAUCAAUCCACAAAACACAACGCUUCCUGAACUGUCGAUGCGUAACAAAUUAAAGGAUUAAAAUGGAGGGAAUGUAGAAUGAUAACUUUUGUUCUGCAUAUCGGGAUCCUGUUUACUGAUUUGAUGGUGUUUUGUUGUAGUGGAUUCCAAAUCCCCAAACAUCCAGGAUGGGGAUGUGUUGUGUACGGAUCAUGAUUUCAUGAGUGAUUCCCAUGCUUGUAAAAAUGUCCUUCUCACAUCUGUGUCUCCUUUAUCUCCCAAUGGCUGCUUGCUAUAGAUUAAAAAUACAAAAUGUGUGAUACAUGCUGAUGUGUAACAGAGGUGUCCUUGCUUGUCCCUGCAGCUGCCUUUUGGCCUUUACCCCCAGGUAUGGUCAUUCCUUAAGCACAUCAAAGCUUUUGCUGUGGGUAUUGGAAUAAGUUUUGUGCACUUUUCUAUUUUUUUUUUAAUUAUUUAUUUAAUACAUUGUUUUUUUCAACCCCCGGCCCUCCCCCAAAAGUAGGUUCCAAGCACCCACAAUUGGCACUCCUGUGUGAAGUGUUUGUAACUCUUCUGUUAGUACAUUUAUAUGGAUGGUCAAGUGGUAUACAUGUUGCUUGUGAGUCAGUGGAGUAGGGGUGCUGCUGCUUUGUUUUUCCAUUUUUAAACUGAUAAGACUGUGAUUUGUGUUCCAAAGAAGUUUGCAUUUUUUUUUUUUUUUUUUGAAGUUAUGGAAAAAUGGGGUACCCUGUUGUUUUUUAGGUUUUGGAUACUCUAUAUGUUUAGGGCUUUUUGGGGAUUUGUUUUAUUUUUGUCACGAUGUGUAGUGUUUCACGUGACUUGCAGUGUUACAUUAAUCCAGAAGUGAACAAUAGAUACAUUUUUGGGAAUUGUGUUUUUAAUGUGAAAAACGUGGGGUGGGCUAAGCUGCAGAUCAGAAUGUAAACUUUCUUUUCAGCAGAAUUCCCAAACCAUUUGCUUUGUGCUGGACACACACUCACACACCAUUUUGUCAAAACUGUGGUAAGAAGUCCUUGUGUGCACUACUUUGAAUGGAAAAAAAAAAAUACAGCAGAGCUGAUCAUUUUUGAAUUUAGCACUGACGGCUGAACUAAAUUGAAGUUUUUUUGUUAUUUCUUUCACUCUCUGCUCCCAUGAAUGUAUUUUUGACAUGAAAACUAUUAAUUUAUUUCCCUCUCCCUGCCUUGCGCCCCCCCCCCCCCCACCCCAUUUGCCAAGUCUGAGGAAACUUUUUUUUUUUUUUUCUCCUCGCUCUCUUCUUAAAUGUUUGGUGUAUGCUGAUCAGUGUUUAUUUUUGAACUUGCUGCCCUUCUCAGUGUGUGUGUUUGUUUUUUUUUUUUUUUUUUUUUUUUGUUUAAGCAUGUUUUAUUUAUAAUGUGGCAUUUUCAAAAGACCCAGUGUUUACUUUCUCUUCCCUUCCUGCCCAUUAGCUUUAUAACUUGGGUCUUAUGCAAAGAAGGACUGUGUGUUGAUGUCUGUAUUUCUCAAUUAUAAUUGCCACCAAGUGGUGGACAGGACUUUGGAAACAGACGAGACUCUACUUGGGAGUACGUUCAUCCAGCUUCUUUCCUGCAGCCAAGAAGAGCUGCACCCUCGUCUCCCAAACUGAAUUUUUGUUGUGUGUUUUUUUUUUUUUUUUUUUUUUUUUUUCCUUUCAUUGCUCCACACUGGUACCUCAUCUGACUGCCUACCCUCCCUCCUGCUUGCUGUCAGAAAGGAAGCCCUGAACAACAACGAGAGUAAGAAAACAUCCCACCCUCACCCCCACCCCAAAACGCCCCACCACCAGGCUCCUGGAGGCCUCUAAACUCUGCACAUCUUGGUUGUGAAUUUAAAGUGAUGAUCAAAGUAAGCGGGAACUGGCACCUGUUGGCACAUGUGCUUUAAGCACCCAGUAAGACACAUUUUGUGGCCACAUACCAAUAUUUGGGAUGAUGAACCAUGACGCCUUUCAAAUAGAUACUCUUUACAAGCUAAAAUUAAUCCCAAAAAAAAAAAAAAAGAAAAAACUUUGAGCUUCAGUCUCCUUCCUACACCUUUCCUGGGCCAAAGCAUCUUGGAAUACAAUCUGAAUACAAUUAAGACUUGUGAUAUGAAGCUGUUGGUUGGAUUUUCUUUUUGUGCUCAAAGUCUUAUUCUCUGGGUUCAUUUCUGACUAUGGGUUUCUGGUUUUGAUAAUUUUAUUCCCCCGCCAAAAAAAAAAAAAAAACUCUGAAAGAGACCGGAUGCUUUUGGCUGCAGCGCUUUAAGAGCGUAAGGAGAACAUUUUGCUACAAGUGAAAGAUUUUACUGGUUACCUGAUCAUGGUUCUUAUGUAAACAAGCCUAUCAUUUAGCAUUGCAAGGGAGCUUUUACUUCUGAUUCCCUCCACCCCACCUCACCCACCCCAUUCCCCUUGGGGAAUGGGGGGGGUUUGUGUUUUAAAUCAAGAAGGCUAAAGGGUGAUUGUGACUGAUUUAGUAAUUUAAGUUCAAUGACAAACCAGCACGCUGCAUGAUGGAGGUGGGACAAUUGGUUGAACCCCACCUUUUUUUUUUUCUUUUAAUUAUCAUUUUACAGGGUAUUGUCGUGUACUUUAAAUUUGACAUUCAUAACAGAUUUGGGGAAAGUCUUUGGUCAAGAAGUUUUUUUUUUGUUUUUUUUUUUUAAUUUUAAAGAGGGAUGUAUGUCCAUAUUGUAUUAGAAGAGCUUUGCUUAUUUACAUGUUUUUGCCUAAAGGUCUAGUUUACAAAGUUACUAAAGCUUUGCGGCAAACACCAGCCUACAUGGUGGUGACUGCUGAAACCUUUUUAACCUUACUGAAAGCAACAGUCACGUGUUUCAAACACGAACGAAAAUAAUUCUACAAGGUAAGGCCAACAGAGGCAAAAUGCACGCCCUUUCAGCGUUAUCCUCCUCCUGAGAAGGUGAAAGGGGAAGCCUCCGUCUGGCAGAAUAUGACUUUUGUCUGUAUUAAUAUGCAAAUGUGAAUUUUUAAUGUUGCAAGAUGUGUUACACUUUUUUAAGGGUGGGGUGGGGGGCGAGAGAACUAAAUUCCUACAAAUGUUUUGUCUAUCAUUUUUGUAAAAUUCUAGACAACAGCAUAAAAAAAGAAACUAUGCAGCCAUCUGGGGCAAUUAUAUAUACUUUUUUUUUUUUUUUCUCUCUUCAAUUCAAAACGCUGCUGAUUUUUGUGCCUGAGCCUCAAAGAAAGAAGCAAAUAAUAAUAAAAAAAAAAAAAUUGGCUCUUUCACUGGCAGACUUCUGUUAGGAGAAUGUUGGUGUUUUUAGGUCAUGUGCCUCAAAUUUGUGUUUUGUUUUUAUUUUAUUUAUUUAUAUAAAAAAAAUAAAUAAAAUAAAAGAUUUGUUCUGUGGGGCGGGGGUGUUUGUGCACACUUGGGAGCUUCCCAGAAGUGAAGUCUCCCAUAUGUUUGGAAUGUGGGGUUAGGGGCUUACUAGGUACGGAUAUCAGCUGUGUUACCUGCAGCGUUCACUUGAGCUUUCUCCAUUUUUAUUAUGCAUGCUUGUUUAAUAUACAAAAAAAAAAGUCUAAUGAAUGCUUUUUUGUUUUAACCAUGUUUUGUCUUCCCCCAACACCGAUUUGUGGGAAUGUGGGUCAGUGUAUGUAUCUGUGUCAUGUGAACACUUUUUAGCUGAUUGGAGGGGAAGAACUGUGGGGUUAAGAGACUGAAGGAGCCUUCCUCUAGAAGUGGUUUUCUACAUUUAUUUCACAGAAAGUAAUCCGUAUUUUUGUAUGUCUGGUUAAGGUUCCCGGGGCUUAGACUUUGCUGCACUAAUGCCAUAUGUUGGAUCAAUUUGAGCAUAGAAGGAAAACCCCUCCGAGCAAGCAUGGCAGGUAUUUUACUAAAUUUGCAGUACUUGAAGUUUUGAAUUCCCUAGAAAUGGAAAGUACAUGGUGGCUUGUUUACGUGUGAAAGUGCAACAGGAGUGAGCGAAGUGGUGCUUUUUAACCUGCAUUGCUUUGCUGGUGAGGUGCCACUGUUUUGACUGUUUUUUUGGGGAUAUUUUCCAAGGUGCUGUAAACUUCACAGUACCUGCAGAUUCCCGUCACACCAUUGUGUCUUGUUUCCUACCUGCAUUAUCGGAAUUGUGAAGCUGUAGUUGCUAAAUUCAUGUUACUGUUUUAAGAAAUUAAAAGAAAAAAAAAGUUACUAAUUUCAAGGGGGGUGGCGUGGGGGGGGGGGGAAAUAAAAAAAAAAAAAAAAAAACACUGGCCAUCCAUUGUGCCAGAGGGUCCUGUGGGCCUCCUUGGUUUAGCUUUCUGAGAUUCUCUGUUUUCUCUCUCUUGUUUUUUUCCUCUUUCUCGGAUUGAUUUAUUCUCGCCUUGUUUUGACGUGUAUUUGGGUGCUUUCAGGUUGAGUUGCAUUUUAGGUCAAAAACCACAUUCACUCACACACGCACACUCUUUAUAUAUAAUAAAAAAAAAAAAAAAGUUAAAAACUCGCCAAACUAUAAACUGCAGUCUGAACCAAGUGGCAUUUAGAGUUUCUGGAUUUGUGAACCAGCGCUGUUUGGUGGAGAUGCAUCGUUGAAGCCUUCCGGUGACUUGUGUUGUAGGUUUAGGGCUGAGGUUUGGGUCCUCGUACUUGAAAAGCGCCCCACAGACUCCCUUGCCAUUAAUCACUGCUGCCGCUGGCAACUGACUUGAAUUGCUUGACUUUCUCAGUGCUUUGAUCGAAUACAUUCCCUCACUGGAUGCUGGACGCCUCCAGCCCUUAUUUCUAGUGCGCUGCGAUUGGCAGGCUGGGAAGAUGGUGAAUUCCCGCUCCACGACUGGCAAACUAGGCUCCCUACCUCGUGUUUAACUGAAAGGGGAGUUGAGCAUUUGUUCUACAUGCACAUAUAUAUAUAUCUAUCUAUCUAUCUAUAAAUAUCAUUUUGUUGUAACUCUGCACAAUCCUGAGAGUGGAACAGCACUGUGUCUUAAGAAAUGUAUCGACUUUAUUACUACUUUUGUCCAUGGAAGCUUUUUCACAUUGUAAUCAUACUUGGAGGAGUUGCCAGAGUUUUGCAGAUCAACAGUGUUGGAAUGACCAUUUUGAACUCGUGUUGUGCCCUCAACCGUCAAUCCCUAACAAACCAAAAAACAAAA